AUUGGUCUAAAUAAAUACUGGGACAUUUACUUCAUUGGCUGUUCACCAAAAUGGACGACCAAUAUUCUGUUGGGUGUGACAGACAGUAUGGACAUUAAAAUGGAGCCUACAUCAGGCAGUGAGUCAGAUGCCUCGUCCCCUCAGGCUGAUGAGGCCCCUGGUACAGACAAUGAAGAGUCAGAAGUUUCAUAUGUUUUCCCUGAAGUGAAAUGUGAAAUUAAGGAUAUUGAAGAAGAUAAAGAUGAGACAGCAGAUGAACCCAGUAUAGAGGAACAGCAGAAUUAUGGUGAUUUUGAAAGAGCAGAUUCUGGAGAUCCAACCACGCAGCAAAAUUGUACAAAAGAAAAACUCUCUUCAACAGAAGACAUUAGUAAACAAGUGACAAAUAAUCAGUUGUGCAAGACAUGCAGUGAAAAGUUUAGUGAUGCUGAAGUAUUUACGGAUCAUUUUCUUCUUACAACAUUUGAAGAUCCAAAUGUGUGUAAAGUGUGUCAGAAACCUUUGGGUAAAUCUAGCAGUCUUGGGAAACAGGCCAAUAUGCAGACUGUAUCGAAACCUUUUGUAUGCAAGGAAUGUAACAAGCAGUUCAGUCAUCACAAUUACUUUAAAUUACACUUGCUCAUUCAUACAGGGGAAGGACUUCUUGAAUGUCACUUGUGUGGCAGGAAAUUUCUUCGAGCUAGUAACCUCAAAGACCAUUUAGUUACACACACGUCUGACAAACCUCAUGAGUGUAAUGUAUGCCACAAGAAGUUCAACCGUUCAAGUAACCUCAAAGAACAUUUACGUAUCCACACAAAUGAAAGAACUUACGAAUGUCCUGAGUGCCAUAAAUUAUUUUCAAAGCCUCUGUACCUUAAAAGACAUUCACUUAAACACACUGGAGAGAUGCACCAUGAAUGUAAUAUAUGCAGCAAGAAGUUCAAUGAUCUUAGCAAUUAUAAAGUGCACAUGCUUAUCCACACAGGUGAAAAACGUCAUGUUUGUAAGGUGUGUAACAAAAGAUUUACAACACCUGGUUACUUGAAGAAGCAUGGCGGUGUACACACAGGACAGAAACCCUACUCAUGUGAGAUAUGUCAUCAACGAUUUACUCAGCCUCACAGUGUAAGAAAGCAUUAUCUGAUUCAUACUGGUGAAAAGGCCCAUGCAUGUGAGAUAUGCAAUAAGAGGUUUAAUACAAGAAGUAAUCUGAAGUUGCAUUCCUUGGUUCAUGUUGAAGAAAAACCACAUUCCUGUAAUGUGUGUAAUAGAAAGUUUGCAAGAUCAAGUAGUCUUAAAAAACAUUCCCUUAAGCACUUUUGAAAUGCCAUAAUGUAUGAAAGGUUUGCAGGAAGAAAUUCAAUGACAUGUUUGUUUUCAUGGGAUAAUGUAUUGAUCUUAGAGUUGAUACAAAUAAAGCUACUUAACCAUA